UGAAGAACAGGUGAAGUUUUCCAAAGUGCAACUUAAAAUGCCUGGACCAGCAUCAAGUGCAACUAAUGUCGGUGCAGGGAGCCGAUCCCCCAGAAAGACAGCAGCCCCCCGCGCAGCAGGAUCCACAGUCCGACAGAGGAAAGCAACGAGCAGUGGCACACGCAGUGCAGGCAGGACCACAGCGUCAGCGGGCGGCACAGGGGGCAUGUGGCGCUUCUACACAGGACUCAAAGUAGGUCCAGUGCUGGUGAUGAGUUUUCUGUUCAUCGCGUCGGUCUUCAUGCUGCACAUCUGGGGGAAGUACACCCGCUCCUAAACCCCUCCCCAUGACCCUUCACCCUCAAUCCCUGACCCUGCGGCGCAGCUUCUUAACACAUCAGACCUGGACCAACCAACCUGAAUCCCCAACAACACUACUCGCCUGUCCCGGCGGGUGGUACAGCCCCAAUCUGUCUGGUGUUCUCUUAGAGCAGGGCAACAGUCUAGUGUCCAACUCAAACUGAAAUGCAGAUCACCAGUGUGUUGACAUUGAGCACAGAUCAUCUAGGACUGAAUCCUUACAUGAGACUCAUCUCCUACUGGCUGCUGUAGGUCCUGUUAAUGACAAUGGGUGAUUCCUCUCCAGUAAGGAUCAGGCACCUAGUCCCCUCAUCAGGACGUCAGUAAGCAUCUAUAUAUUUCAGCCUGAAUUGGAACCUGUAGAUGUUUUGUUAACAUCAUUUGGACAUUUUUAUUGUGAUAUUGUACAGUAAAUGGACUCAAAACAGAAUGCAUCUUCUUUUUUUUUCUCUCCUAGAGAUGAACGUACUUUGUUGCGAAAAGGGUAAAUCAAUCCCAGAACAGCAAUGGACCUUGUACCUAAUUCCUCCAGCAUCUUCACAAAAGUAUCUAUAUCCACAGUAAAACGAGUCCUAAAUCGACAACCUGAAAGGCCACUCAGCAAGGAAGAAGCCACUGCUCCAAAACCGCCAUAAAAAAAGACAGACUACGGUUUGCAACUGCACAUGGGGACAAAGAUUGUACUUUUUAGAGAAAUUUCCUCUGGUCUGAUGAAGCAAAAAUAGAACUGUUUGGCCAUCAUGGCCAUCGUUAUGUUUGGAGGCAAAAGGGGGAGGCUUGCAAGCCAAGAACACCAUCCCAACCGUGAAACACAGGGGUGGAAGCAUCAUGUUGUGGGGGUGCUUUGCUGCAGGAGGUACUGGCGCACAUCACAAAAUAGAUGGCAUCAUUAGGGAGGGAAAUUAUGUGGAUAUAUUGAAGCAGCAUCUUAGACAUCAGUCAGGAAGUUAAAGCUUGGUCCAAAUGGGUCUUCCAAAUGGACAAUGACCCCAAGCAUACUUCUAAAGUUGUCAAAAUGGCUUAAAUACAACCAAAUCAAGGUAUUGGAUUGGCCAUCACAAAUCCCUGACCUCAAUCCUAUAGAAAAUGUGUGGUCAGAACUGAAAAGGCGUGUGCGAGCAAGUAGGCCUACAAACCUGACUCUGUUACAGCAGCUCUGUCAGGAGGAAUGGGCCAAAAUUCACCCAACUUAUUGUGGGGAAGCUUGUGGAAGGCUACAUGAAAAGUUUGACCUCAAGUUAAACAAUUUAAAGGCAAUGCUACCAAAUGCUAAUUGAGUGUAUGUAAACUUCUGACCCACUGGGAAUGUGAUGAAAGAAAUAAAAGCUGAAAUAAA